AUAACACAUUUCUGCCACAUUCUCUUCCUUUGUAAUAAUGUCGGCUGAAUAUGAAGAUAGUCCCAGAGACAAUGGCCCUGAGGGGAUGGAGCCGGAUGGUAUCAUCGAGAGUAACUGGACCCAGAUCGUGGACAGUUUUGAUGAGAUGAGCUUGCAUGAAACACUCCUCAGGGGAAUUUAUGCUUAUGGUUUUGAGAAGCCCUCUGCCAUUCAACAGAGGGCCAUCCUCCCUUGUAUCAAGGGUUUCGAUGUGAUUGCUCAGGCCCAGUCUGGCACAGGGAAGACUGCCACCUUCGCCAUCUCCAUCCUGCAGCAGAUUGACAUUGAGCUGAAGGGCACCCAGGCCCUGGUCCUGGCCCCCACCAGAGAACUGGCCCAGCAGAUCCAGAAGGUGAUCCUGGCGCUGGGGGACUACAUGGGCGCGUCGUGUCACGCCUGCAUCGGAGGCACCAACGUCCGUAGCGAGCAGACUAAGCUCCAGGCCGAAGCCCCCCACAUAGUGGUGGGGACACCCGGCAGGGUGUUUGACAUGCUCAACCGCAAGUUCCUCUCUGCCAGGCACAUCAAGAUGUUUGUCCUGGACGAGGCUGAUGAGAUGUUGAGCCGAGGGUUCAAGGACCAGAUCUACGAGAUCUUCCAGAAGCUUGGCCCCAACACACAGGUGGUGCUGCUGUCGGCCACCAUGCCGUCAGACGUGCUGGAGGUCACCAAGAAGUUCAUGCGUGAGCCGAUCCGCAUCCUUGUGAAGAAGGAGGAGCUGACUCUGGAGGGAAUCCGUCAGUUCUACGUCAACGUGGAGAAGGAGGAGUGGAAGCUGGACACGCUGUGUGAUCUGUACGAGACUCUGACCAUCACCCAGGCUGUCAUCUUCAUCAACACCAGGAGGAAGGUGGACUGGCUCACAGAGAAGAUGCACGCCCGCGACUUCACUGUCUCCGCCCUGCACGGAGACAUGGACCAGAAGGAGAGAGAUCUGAUCAUGAGAGAGUUCCGCUCCGGAUCUAGCAGGGUCCUCAUCACCACAGACCUGCUGGCCAGAGGUAUUGAUGUCCAGCAAGUGUCCCUGGUCAUCAACUACGACCUGCCCACCAACAGGGAGAACUACAUCCACAGGAUUGGUCGAGGCGGUCGUUUCGGCAGGAAGGGCGUGGCCAUCAACAUGGUGACGGAGGAGGACAAGCGUACACUGCGGGACAUCGAGACUUUCUACAACACCUCGGUGGAGGAGAUGCCCAUGAACGUAGCCGACCUCAUGUAGACGACUCGUCUCCCCUGGAGUUCACAGCCACAACAUCGGCUUCAUUUUACCCUCCCCAUUUUCUCUCUCAAAAUUGAAUAAUUUGCGAUCCUACGCAGGCAUGGUUUUUAAGAUUUCUUCUAUGUAGUUAGUCUAUGUACUAACCUGUCUGCCUUCACUCUCCACCUCUAGGCCCAGUAAGUCUCUCUCUCUCCCCCCCCCCCCCCCCCCCCCCCUUCAACCAACCUUUCCCAGAGGUUACAAACUGAUAUUGGCAAACUUCGUCAUGAAACGACAAACUCUGUUGUUUCUUUGCUCAAUUGUUGCAAAAAAAAAAGCGUCUCCUUGAAUUGGAGAAUUUUUAUUCUGUUUUUUUUCAGACGGACUGUAACAAUUGGUCUGUUCGUAGUCAUGCAUUUAAGAACAGUAAACGUGGACCUUUUUGUGCUUCUGCAAGUUUGCCAGAAUAGUACUUAAAAUAAGACAGAGUAAGAAAGGAAAAAAGAAAAUGAAAAAAAAAAAAAUGAAAAACUAUGUAUCCAAUAUAAAUUGAUCCGUCUCUAAGGAGGGGAUAAUGGGGAUUCAGGCAACUUCUUCAAUAAAAAAAAAAGAAUUGUAUAGAAAAUCGA